AUGGCCUCUCCAAGCCAAUCCCAAGCAGCACCAUCAACACAACCCCUCACACCUCCCGCCGAACCCUCCUCAGCCAACAAUGCCACGGCCACAAACACCACCUCCGCCCCCUCACAACAACCGACACAACCAACAUCGGCGCCUACAACAACGCCCGCCCCAGCCCAACCCGCGCAGAUCCCCUCAACAUCCCUAAAAGACAGCGGCAAGUCGCGCCGCCCACGUGAUGUCCGCCUCAUCCACAUGCUCCUCGCCGCGCAGGGCGUAACAUCCUACCAAGAGCGCGUCCCGCUGCAACUCCUCGAUUUCGCGUACCGCUAUACAUCGGGUGUCCUGCAGGACGCCGUGCAUCUCACAACGGAAGGAUACGCGGGGGCGGGACCAGAGGCUGCCGCUGCGGCGGGAAAUAAGAACCAGCCCGAGGUGAACUCGGUUACAUUGCCAUCAUUACGGCUGAGCAUUGCGUCGCGAUUACACUACCAGUUCCAGACGGGGCUGCCGAAGGAGUUUCUUAUGGAUGUUGCGGCGGAGAGGAAUCGGGUAGCGCUGCCGGGUGCGACGAGAGGGUUUGAUGCGGGUGCUGCGAAACCGGCUGCUAGUAACGGUGUGCUUAUGGCGGGGAUGCGGCUGCCGCCGGAGAGGUUCUGCCUUACGGGGACGGGGUGGAAGAUGAGUGAUGAAUGGGAGAGCGAGGGCGAGGAGGAGGUUCCGGUGCCAGAGGAAAGGAACGAUGUUAUGGCUGGUGCUGAGCGGGAAGAGGGCGAGGGUGAAGGCGAUGAAGAUGAGGACGGGAAGAUGGAGGACAUUUUUGGGGAAGAUGCGGUGAUGGGCGAUGAUGAUGGGGAUAAACAUAUGACGGAUGUCUAG